CAAUAUCCAGUGCCAUUAUAUUCCCCUUCACAUUCAACAUCAACAACAACAACACGACAAUUGCAACCAACUGCAACUCAGUCCAACAAACCACAAGAAUCUGCAGUGCAAAGCAAGCCACAAUCAAUAAUAUCUCAUUCCACAACCAACACAUCCUCGCAUUCCAACCAACGUCCAACCAACCCUCCAUAUCUUCCCAUGCCUCACUUCCCUCAGCAGCCAAUGGUGAAUGUUCCAACCAAUAGCAUGGGACAACAGGUGGAUGCAAAGAAGGCAGUGACCGCCUCUCCUCAAACACCAGCUAAAUCUGACCCACCACAACAACAUGCGUUAUCUGCAUACCAACUACAACCACAUAUGUUCUACCCCACACAAGGCUUGCAAGGAAUCCCGCUGCCAUAUAAUCCAAUGCAACCGGUUCGACCUGGUAUGAGCUACCCUCGCUCCCCAUACUUCAUGCAUCCAACUCUGCUGCAGAUCCCGCAAGGUUUAUCCUCUUCACGUGUCCCAGUACCUGGUCACAUGAUGGCAACAGGGAGCACAGCUCCUUUCCCCGACAUACAGAGCCAUCUGCAUGCAAUGCAGGCAAACGCACAAGAUAAAUCUCACUCUAUUCAACCCGCCGCCACAUCCACAAGAACAAGUGCUCCAGGGAGGACUCCUACACCAAAACAAAGCUCUGCUCCUCCAACCUCUGUAUCUUCCAGACCCGUAGAGAACUUUAAUCCUCCUCAUGAUCAGAGCAGAUCCCAAUCAUCUGUAACAUCUGAUCGUUCCAUAGAUAUGGUGGCACAACACUUUCAAUUAUCUGGUGUCCAAAUGCCGACAGGAUCAAGUCACUUUCCAGGUUCUACACCACAGCCAGUCACUCAUAACACCAUCACAUCCCAACCACGGCCAAGUUAUCCAGGUUAUGGUGUGCAAGUGUUUCACCCUGAAUCAAGUACAGCCGUUACGAGUCAACCUGGAAGUUCUCUCCAAUCUCCUGCCAACAUUCCUCCAUCUCAUCUUCAUCAUACUCAAUAUCCUCACUAUGUUCCUCCGGAUCAAACUCAUCAACGACCUCCAACUCCAACCAGAAGACAACAACAACAACAACAACAACAACAGCAGCAACAGCAAGAGAAGUUGAUGCAACAGAAGCAUAUGCUAUUACAACAACAACAACAGAUUCAAAUGUUACAUCAACAACAACAACAACAGCAACAACAACAACAGCAAAAGCAACAACAGCAGCAGCGUGAAAAGAAGAUUCAACAAGAAAAGUUACUGCUGCAUCAGAGGCAGGAGGAAGAAAAGCUACAUCAACAACAACAACAACAACAACAACAACAACUUUUGCAACAGCAAAACAUGCAAGAAAAACUACGACAACAACAGAUUGAAAAGGAGAAUCAAGAAGCCCAGCGACAACAGUAUCAACAACAAAUGCAUCAACAACAACAACAACAUUUCCAACAACAGAUGCAUUUAAAACAACAAGCCCAUCAAUCUCCACAAGCUCCGCCACUACACUGGCCUGAAGGUCAUGGCAACACACAACCAAGCCAACCUCACUACAUACCACCAUCAACCCAACACACACAACCAGUAAAGCAAGCACCUUCUGCUAAUGCUCCACCACAAGCAGAUAACAAACCCCAGACUUCAGUAGACGAUAUUUUCACUAGAUACCCAGUGAUAUGGCAAGGAAAAAUGGCGCUGAAAACCGAAUCAGCUGCUGUUCAGAUUCACUAUAUAUGUGGCAACAUGUUCCAUGCACGUGCAGGAUUGCCAAGUGAUCCUGAGGAAUUGGAUCAUGAGAAGCUUCCUGUGCUCCGGAUCGUGCAGAGGAUGCGACUGAAUCCUUUACCACUUGAGGGAGUUAGCAAGCGAAUGGAGAUGAAGGAUGAUUAUUGCCUCUUAUUUGCUGUCCCAUGUGGAAGGACCACGAAUGAACUAGAACACCAAACCAAUCAACUUAAACAAAGUUUUAUAGAUUAUUUGAAGCAGAAACAAGUUGCUGGGAUAGUAAAUACUGCGAGUAACAAUCAACAAGUUUAUGUGCUACAUGUUUUUCCGCCAUGUAAUUUCACCACACAGAAUUUACAGCAGAGAGCUCCAGAUCUUGUGGCCAACCUUGGUGAUAUUCAACAUUUGAUGAUCGUUAUCACAACUGCAACUGCCACCUAAUGUAUACUUUUUACGCCGUGUUUUAUAGUCUAGUAAUUAUUAUGCAUAUUUCUACUUGUCCCUUCGUGUUCCAUCGCUUUUGUCAUUAAUUGUAAAAUAAUGGUCAAUUUUUCGCCUUUUUGUUGAAUUAUUGUUGAUUUUUUGUGUAGUUGGGCAACAUAUGGUUUCAUAUUUGAAUUGUAGAAAGCACCAAUUUAUUAUAUGUAUAAAACGUUUAUACUUCUCAACAAUGUCAUCCAACCAAUUAAAACCCACUGUGUAGAAGAAAAUCUAAAAAGUUUGUUGGAAGGCGAUUUCUUGCAAGUUAUAAUUGCAGUUUUUUUCGAAAGAUUUAUCAAUAUUGGUUUUCAAUGAUUAUCAUCUGGAAUGUCUGUAUUUUGUCUGAAGUUCACCCCACAGACUAUCCAGAUCGCAUUUGUUUAAAAGGUGUUGUUGCGAAUAAAAUCAACUUGAUGUUGUUUCUAAGUAGAAA